GGAGACUCCGGUAGGCCCAAACCAACGAAAAAGGGCAAAAUCGUCACUUAAGCACAUCAUCUCCGCAAAACCCUAGCUAAAUAUAACUCAAAUCCCAAACAAAGCAAACACCUAUUAUUCGCCUCCUCCUCCACAAAACCCUACACCCAGCCGCCGCCUGAUCCGUCAAAAUGCCGCCGAAGUUCGACCCUUCCCAAGUAGUCGACGUCUACGUGAGGGUAACCGGCGGCGAAGUCGGCGCGGCCUCUUCCCUGGCCCCCAAAAUCGGUCCUCUAGGUCUCUCCCCAAAGAAGAUCGGUGAGGACAUCGCCAAGGAAACCGCCAAGGACUGGAAGGGCCUCCGCGUUACCGUCAAGCUCACCGUCCAGAACCGUCAGGCCAAGGUCACCGUCGUCCCCUCUGCCGCCGCCCUGGUCAUCAAGGCGCUCAAGGAGCCCGAGCGCGACCGCAAGAAAACAAAAAACAUCAAACACAAUGGUAACAUUUCCCUCGAUGAUGUCAUCGAGAUCGCCAAGGUCAUGAGCCCUAGGUCCAUGGCUAAGGACUUGAGCGGCACCGUGAAGGAGAUUUUGGGGACUUGCGUCUCCGUUGGCUGUACGGUCGAUGGGAAGGAUCCUAAGGAUCUGCAGCAGGAGAUCACCGACGGAGACGUCGAGGUUCCUCUCGAUUGAUCGAGUUUCGUCGGAUUGGUAUCUUUUCGGUUUGGAUUUUGUUACUUUAGCUUGCUUUUGUACGUUUUAAUUUUGUUUUGAUCGAGUGAUUUGUUGCGGAUAAUGACAGUUUCUGCAGCUGAUUUUACUCGGAUAUAAUGAGACUAAGUUUAAUUUUGAUAAACCUUGUUUUCAUUAGUUGAUAAUUAUGGAUGGAUAGUUGUGCAA